AUGCCUUUCCACAAUCUCUUGAUGGCGACGCGGGCGGGAGCUCUCUACAUCUCGGACCAGAUGCUCACGGUGGACCUGCGGCCGACCAUUCAUUAUGAACCCUUACUAUCACUUUUGAGCCGCGCUACUGUAUCUCUUCGAAACGAGCCAAACAUAGUCAGGCUAGCGCUUGGAGAUGCUCACCCAGGAAUCGUUACUUUAAACCGGCGCAAAUGGGUGCUCUCUCGGGAGGCUAUCGACUUUCAUUGUUCUGAAAAGGUAUAUGUUGUUGGAGACCUCCAUGGAAACUACUCUGCAUUAAUAAUCUUACUGUUAGAGGCAAACAUUCUUCGCCGUAAUGAUGCUGGCUACCUCUCUAUUGACCAGAAUGCCUUCCAGUCCACGCAUCUCGUCUUCUUAGGAGACUAUGUGGAUCGAAUGUCCCACUCCAUAGAGAUCAUUGCUCUCCUUUGUUAUCUAAAGCUGUCCUAUCCUAGCAAGAUUACAUUGUUGCGUGGAAAUCACGAGACUAUCGCAACGUCUAUGGGAAACACCACUCACAAAGAGCUUUGCAUCAAAUACGGUAGGGAGCGCGGUGGUAACAUCUACAGAAUGCUGACGAAGUUCUUCUGCUCUCUUCCACUGGCGUGUCUCAUAAAUUCCAUUGCCCUAUGCAUUCAUGGGGGAAUACAUGCCCCAGAGCCGGCUCGAAUAGGUGACCUGGACAUAAUAAACCGGUUUCGCGAGCCUGAUCAAUUAAGAAAGAAAGCAACUCCCUAUUAUGACCACCUACAGAAUCUUCUAUGGUCAGAUUAUGUUGAUGAAGAUCCUGACGAGGCAGACAAGGGGGGAAUAUGUCAUAACGCCGAUCGCGCUACCGGGAUUCUAUACGGUCCAACCGCGCUUCAUUCUUUCAUCAGCUCUAACGGGCUAUCAAUGAUAAUUAGGGGUCAUGAGUGUGUCCCAGAUGGCUUCCUCACCAAUGAGUUUGGAGCUCAUAACACGAUAUUCUCAUCUCCUCUCUACGAUGAUAAAAACAGCGGUGCAAUAAUGCUUCUUAUCAAGCCAUCCGAAGCAGAUAUUCCUGCAUCAUACAGGCCUCAAAACAUACAUCUAACUAAGAAGGAAUUUAUAGCCACAUUUUCACUAGCAUACACUAAUAUCUUUCAACACGAUACAAUGAAGAUACAUCCUCUCAUAUUAGCAAGAUCUACUGGCCUAGUUCCAGUUCCUCAGCGAAUAUACAAGAUAGCCAACGCCCUGGAGCCUCGUGAGCCUGUCUCUAAGCAUCUUAAUCUUGAGUGCACUACUACAGCUCUUAGCCAACAGCAUCCUAUAGUGUAUGAUUCUGUCUUGUGUUUGGACGGGUGCUUACUUGACAUCCCUCCCGAUCACAACCCUCUAGCUGGCACUCCUGCGCCACUGUAUGAGCUUCACGGAUGCGAUGGAUCUUUUAUCCUGGCCAUACCUAGUAUCAGACGAUUCAUUCGCUUACUAUCAGAGCUGUGCUUGCAUCUUGGGAUCCCCAACUAUGCUGUGCUGAGUGCCGUAGCUGACCACUACAAAUGGCUUGUUGCUCCGAAUGGAUAUAAGUACGAGUUUACCAAGGUCGAGAUAUCACAAGGGAGUAUGCGGCACUACUAUUUACAACUCGGAGAAAGGACUGUUUGUGUCCCAAGAGUUCUGUCCCAGCCCAUAUUCCCCCUCAAAACGCUGAUUCUCUUGGCCAGAAAGUCUGAGAAGAGCUUUCUACAUGCCUUGGCAUGUCUAUCUAAGCUUCAAACCAAGCUCCUGGCCCUAAAUACCAGUGUUGAUGCCGGCCCAUCUCUUUUCAAUAAGUUGGCCUCCGUGCUCUUGGCUCACGCCUGA